AUGUAUUACAAAGGCUGGGAUAAAUCGAAGUGGUGUGAGUUUCACAUGGACUACGGUCAUGUAAUAGAUGACUGCAAAGACCUUAAGGACGGGAUCAAAGACCUCAUCAGAAGAGGCUACUUCACCCAGUACCAAGCAAGGGUCGACUGGAAGUCCCCACCUAGAGAAGAUGAAAACGGUAACAGAAGGUCAGUGAAAGACAGGAUCACCGAAAUCCAUGUCAUAUCUGGAGGGCCGACACAAGGUGGAAGCAUACAUGGUGCCAAAGCUAGCUUGAAAGAACUGAGGCACCAAGUGAACUACCACAACACGGGGAAAUGGCCUGCACCACCAACCAUGCCGUCUGUAUCCUUUACGUCAGAGGACGCUAGGGGAACUGUCUACUCCCAUGCUGAUCCCUUGGUAGUAUCUCUGCAGAUAUCAACUGUAGUGGUGCAUCGCGUACUGGUGGAUGGUGGAAGUUCCGCCAACAUUUAA